AUGCUCAAAGCAAGGAAUGCCUACGGUUGUUUUGGCGAUUACGAGAAGCAGCGAGACGUCACAGAACGUGGCCUGCGGAUGCAGGAACAACUUUAUGGCUCAGACCACAGCAAACUGGCGCCGACAUUGGGAAGUUUGGGGAACCUUCACGGGCACUUGGGCAACUAUGAGAAACAGAAGGAUCUUCUCCUGAGAUCAUUGACCAUCAUGGAGCGAGAGUAUGGCCCGGAGAAUCGAAUGGUUGCUAUCGCGUUGACCAACCUGAGCAACGCCUACCAACGCCUGGGCAAUGCACCGGAACAGCAGCGGCUUCUGGAACGGGCCCAAAGUAUUGCGGAAACGCUGCCGGGCCAUCAGGGGAUGCAAGCGUGUAUCCUGACCAACUUGGGUAAUUCUCAUGGCCUCCUGGGCAACGCAAAGAAGCACAAAGACUUUCUGGAGCGAGCUCUAGCCCUGAAGGAGCAGGAGUAUGGUCCGGACCAUCCGGAGGUGGCGGUUACUUUGAUGGGCUUGGGCUGUGCCUAUGGAACAUUGGGCUUUGCCGAGACGCAGAGACAAUUCAUUGAGCGGGCGCUGAAGAUCAAGCGACGCGCGUUUGGUGAUAAACACGUGGCAACGGCUGGAGCAUUAGUGGUCCUGGGCACAACCAUGGGCGUUCUGGGAGACGUUGAGAGUGAGAAGGAUUUCAUCAGCCAGGGCCUAGCGAUCCAAGAGGAGAACUUUGGCAGCGAUCAUCAGGAGGUUGCAUGCGCACUUGCAGCUCUGGGCCAGUGCCACGCAAACUUGGGAAACGAUCGUACGCACAAGGACUUGGCACAACGUGCCCUUGCCAUUGAAGAGAGGACGUUUGGGCCAGAACACCGGGAGUUGAUUACAACCUUGGUUUCGCUGAGCGAAGCCGAAGGAUCUCUGGGCAAGGCCGAGUCGCAGCAGCGGACGGCAGACAGAGCGCUCGCCAUUGCGUGCAGAUGCUACGGCAAAGAGCAUCUGGAAACUGCGCCUGCAUUGCUGAGUUUAGGUGAUGCCUGCCGCCGCCUGGGGCAGCUCUCCUUAUCCAAGUCGCACUUGAAGCGCGCGCUGAAGAUCCAGGAGGCGGACUUGGGCGCCAAUCACCGGAGCUUGGCCAAAGGCUUGGUCUCUUUGGCCUUGGCCAUGGGACAGUCAGGCGACUUUGAGAAGCAAAAACUGCUCAGCGAGCGAGCGUUGGAAAUCCAGCGCAGGGACUUCGGUGCCAGCCAUCGCUUUACAGCUCGGACUUGGCACUCCUUAGGGAAGGCCAAUGUGGCCCUGGGUGAAUUUUCAUUGGCAAAGCAGCAGCUAGAAGAAGCACUUCGCAUACAGACCAAAGAGUAUGGCCCUGGACAUAAGGAAGUGGGCCUCACUUUGGUUUCACUUAGUGAAGUCGUUGAAAAGGAUCGACUGGAGCUUGCGCAGCGCGCGGUGAAGAUCUUGGGCGAAGCCUAUGGCCCUGACCAUGUGGAGUGCGCCCCGGCUUUGUUGGCGUUGGGAGAAGCUUUUGGUCAAGAGAACAUCCAGAAAUACCAGCGCUGCGUCAAGAAAGCGCUGAAGAUCCAGGAACGAGAAUUUGGUCCUGGCCACUGUUUGCUGGCACCUGCGCUGCAGAGCUCUGCCAAGGCCUUUGGUGAGGUGCUCCGGCGCCCCAAACCACGAUCAAAGGCUCCAAGAGUUGCUGAGCUGCUGCAAACGCCGCGACGAGCUUUGAUCGAAAUCGAUCUCCAGGUCCUCAUUGAUCCAAGUCUCAAGGUUUCGCGAAGGUAUCGUUGCAUCCUCAUCUUGCGGGUGGCCAAAAUGGUGGGGCCCAAGAAAGAGGCUCUGGCGAUCGCAGAGGGACAGCUCAAAGAAGCGGAGGACAAGUUAUCCGUGAAAAAGGCUGAGCUUCAGGCUGUGCAGGACAAUGUGGCCAAAUUGUUGGAAGAGUUCGCCACUGCAAAGCAAAAGAAAGAUGACUUGCAGCAGCAGUUUGAGGUUUGUACUAAGCGCCUGAUCACGGCCGAAAAGCUGAUCAACGGUCUUGGUGGAGAGAAGUCCCGUUGGCAGGCCUCAUCAGCAACUCUCGGUUUGCAGUACAACAACCUCACUGGCGAUGUACUGAUCUCCUCUGGAAUAAUCGCAUAUCUGGGCUGCUUCUUGGCGAAGUACCGGAAUGAAUCCGUUGACUCUUGGAUCUCUCUGAUGCAGGAAAACAAGGUUCCCUCAUCGUCCAGCUUCCUUCUUCGUUCGGUCAUUGGAGAAGAUGUCGUCAUUCGUCAAUGGGUGAUCGACAAGCUGCCCAACGACCAGGUGUCCAUCGACAAUGCCCUGAUUUUGAACAACUCGCGUCGAUGGCCUCUGAUGAUUGACCCUCAGAUUCAGGCCAACAAGUGGAUUCGCAACUCGAAGGGCGAGAAACUUUUGGUUCUACGACUUUCACAGAACAACUAUGCGCGGAAGUUGGAGGUUGGUAUUUCCCAGGGCUUGCCAGUUCUCAUUGAGAACGUGCCUGAGGUGUUGGACCCCUUGCUGGAGCCCCUUCUACAAAAGGCCAAGUUCAAAGCUGGCAACAUGAUCAUGAUCCGCUUGGGUGACUCAACGGUGGAGUACAACGAAGACUUCCGGCUCUUCAUUACCACCAAGUUGCCGAACCCACACUACUCUCCAGAGAUUUGCGUGCAGGUCACGCUGCUGAAUUUCAUGGUCACUCCGGAUGGCUUGCAAGAUCAAAUGUUGGGAAUCCUUGUAGCCAAGGAAGAACCAGAAGUGGAGAAGAAGCGGCAGAACUUGAUCAUCGAAAGUGCCCAAAGCAAGGCGCAAUUGAAAGAGAUUGAGGACAAAAUCCUGGAGCUGCUGUCCAAUUCCAAAGGAAACAUCUUGGAUGAUGAGGAGUUGAUCACCACCUUGGCCAAUUCCAAGGUCACAUCCACCCGCAUCGAAGAGAGGGUGAAGGAACAGGAGAAGACACAGGCUUUGGUGCAGGAGACACGCGAGACUUAUGUUCCUGUCUCUGUACGAAGCUCCGCUAUGUUCUUUGUCAUCGCGGACCUUUGCAAGGUAGAGCCUAUGUACCAAUACAGCCUGGAAUGGUUUAUUGACAUCUUCCUGCUGGCCAUCAAAACUGCAGAGAAACCUGAGCGCAAUCUGCAACGGCGUCUGACGGCUUUGCAGAAUCAGUUCAUCAAGCUUCUCUACGAAAAGGUCUGUGACUCGCUUUUCGCCAAAGACAAACUCAUGCUGUCCUUAUUGCUCACCUUCAAGUCCAUGGAGGUGGACCAUGAGUUGGACCAAGCCGAAAAGUCGUUGCUCCUGGUGGGUGGCACUACUGGUGCGGAGGUCCGGGCGAGGCCACAAGCGGAUUGGCUGAGUGACGUCAGUUGGGCUCGGCUUUCGGAGCUGGAAGAUUUGGGCAAAGGUCCAUGGCCAGGUUUCACGGAGAAGUUUGCGCAGAACCUUCCUGGAUGGAAAGCUGUCUUUGACUCUGACGAUCCAGUUCAUGCUCCGUGGCCAGGGAAUCUACAAGAGCAGAUGACUCCGGUGCAACGAGCAUUGGUGCUUCUUGCAGUCCGUGCGGAUGCCACUGUACCAGGCCUUCAGGAUAUCAUCCUUGCCAAGCUGGGUGCGGAGUUCUUGGAACCACCUCCAUUCAACCUUGAGAAGGUCUAUAGCGACAGCAACAACGUCACGCCCUUGAUCUUCGUGUUGUCUUCUGGGGCAGAUCCUAUGGCCGAGCUCAAUCGCUUGGCCAUGAAGAACAACAUGUUCGAGACGAAGGCAGCCGUGUCUUUGGGUCAAGGACAAGGACCCAAGGCGGAGUUCGCGAUCAACGAGGGCAAAACUGGAGGAAAUUGGGUGAUCCUGCAGAACUGCCACCUGGCUGUGUCGUGGAUGCCGGUCUUGGAGAAGCUCGUUGAAGAGUUGGACCCUGAUGUCGUGGCGGAUACCUUCAGACUUUGGCUCAGCGCCAUGCCAUCGCCGCAUUUCCCCGUGAGCGUGCUGCAGAACGGGAUGAAGAUGACAGUGGAACCACCCAAGGGGCUGAAGUCCAACCUGCUUCGCGCCUACCUUUCCUUUGAGGAAGAAUGGUUCGACUCAGCAGGCAACAGUGAUGCAUCUCGCAAAGCCUUCCGCAAGAUGCUCUUUGGCCUGUGCUUCUUCCACGCUCUGAUCCAGGAGCGUUGCAACUACGGACCGCUGGGUUGGAACAUCCCUUAUCAGUUUUCUGAGCCGGAUCGGCAGAUCUGCGUCUCACAGCUCAAGAUGUUCCUUGAAGAGAACCAAACGAUACCGUACGCGGCACUGCGCUACACGGCUUCGGAGGCAAACUACGGUGGUCGAGUGACGGAUGCACAUGACCGCAUCACUAUCACCAACCUUGUCACAGACUACUACUGUGAGGAUAUCCUGAAGGAUGGCUACAAGUUUUCAGAGUCGGGGACCUACUAUGCUCCAAAGCAUCAGCCCCUUAGUGGCUACUUGGAGUACAUCCGAGCUCUACCCAUCAACCAGAUGCCCGAGGCAUUUGGCUUGCAUGCAAAUGCCAAUCUUUCUGCGGCCAUCAAGGAAGGCCUGGGAGUGCUCUCCACAGCCAACUCCAUGCUGCCGAAGGGUGGUGGUGGCGAUGGAGGAGGGAAAACCACCGACCAAGUCCUGACGGAGCUGUCCUCGAAAUUUCUGCACGACAUUCGUGUUCCUUUCGACACUGAGUGGCUAGUCGCAACGUACCCGACAGACUACAAUGAGUCUAUGAACACAGUGGUGAAUCAGGAGGCAUUGCGCUUCAACAAGCUCUUGAUCCGCGUCCGCGCCAGUCUGGUGGAUAUCGGAAAAGCCGUGAAGGGCUUGGUGAUCAUGGGGCCAGAUUUGGAGGAUGUCGCGAAUGGCAUCCUGCUCAACAAGCAGCCCGCCUUUUGGCAGAAGAACUCCUAUCCCUCCCUAAAACCGAUGUCGUCAUAUGUUGCAGAUCUGGUGGCACGCAUGAAUUUCUUCACCGAUUGGAUGGAAAAUGGACAUCCGGCCAAUUAUUGGCUCUCCGGAUUUUUCUUCACCCAAUCCUUCCUCACUGGACAGCUUCAGAACUUUGCGCGCAAGAAGAAGUUUCCGAUUGACACUUUGAUCUGGACCUUCCACUUUUUGAAGAGGGAAAUUGCCAGCCAUCCAAAGCCAGAGGAGGGUUGCAUCGUCUAUGGUCUUUUCAUGGACGGCGCCCGCUGGUGUAAUGACAAGCAGGUCAUCCAAGACAGUCUUCCGAAGGUGCUAUUCUCUGAGAUCCCACACAUGCAUUGGAUUCCGUGCGAGAAAGACAAGGACCCUACAGACAUGUCAAAAGUCUACCCAUCGCCGAUCUACAAGACAUCUGAACGAAAGGGUGUGCUAUCAACUACCGGGCACUCCACCAACUUCGUUUGCACCAUCAAAAUCCCCAUUGCACCCGAGCACAGCGCGAAGUUCUGGAUUAAGCGCGGCGUUGCAUGCUUAUGUCAGCUCGAUGAUUGAGACCGUUGCAAGCUGGAGAUGUAGCAUAGUUUGGCCAUUUCCAGACAUUGGACCAACUCUAGUCUUUUUCUUCAUGGUUCUGCUGUCAUUAAAAUAACCUUGAUCCUCUUGU